CCCGACAUAUCCCUCCAACUCUACACGAAAAAACCAUAAAUAAAAAUUAAAUAAACUAUAAUUUUAAAUUAAGAUUUAUAACACUAUAAAUUCAUCCCUUAACCAAACACAACCAAACAAACCCAAAAAAAUAUAAUCCCACAUUCCUAUGUCACAUUUUUUCCUCUUGUUCAUUAUCAUUAUAUGUCUCCCUUGCACUACGUUAGGUGCAGAGGGUGGUUCUGGUCGAUGGCACCUCUUACAAAGAAGUAUAGGUAUUUCUGCCAUGCACAUGCAGCUUUUACACGAUGACAGUGUCGUUAUCUUUGAUCGGACUGAUUUUGGCAACUCAAACUUGCCGUUAGCUGCUGGACGCUGUCGUAGAGAUCAAAACGAAGAGGCUAUAAAAAAAGAUUGUACGGCCCACUCUGCUAAAUACAAUUCACUAACCAACACUUUCCGACCACUAACGGUAUUAACCGAUACGUGGUGCUCCUCCGGUGCUAUUCUCCCUAACGGCACACUUGUACAAACGGGUGGGUUCAAUGACGGAAUACGGGUGGUUAGAAUGAUCCACCCGUCUUGUAGUCAAUGCGAUUGGAUAGAGUUUCCUAAUAUGUUGUUAGCCCCUAGAUGGUACGCCUCUAACCAUAUUUUACCCGAUGGACGUCUCAUUAUAAUUGGUGGUCGUCAAUCUUUCAAUUAUGAAUUUUAUCCAAAAAAAGAAACUGAUCAAUUGUUUGAGUUGCCAUUUUUAGAACAAACAAAUGAUGAUUUUGAGGAAAAUAAUUUAUACCCUUAUGUGUUUCUUCAUGUAGAUGGGAAUUUGUUUAUUUUUGCUAAUAAUCGAGCUAUUUUGUUCGAUUAUAAUAAAAGUGCAGUUGUUCGGACCUACCCGUCUAUUCCGGGUGGUGAACCGAGGAACUAUCCAAGUACUGGAUCCGCGGUUCUCUUACCAUUAAGGAAUUUGGAGCUUGGAGUGAAUAUGGAAGUUGAAGUGUUAAUCUGUGGGGGCGCUCCUCGAGGGUCGUUUACAAAAGCUUUAAAUACGGGUCAGUUUUUAACAACUCUAAAUACAUGUGCACGAAUGAAGAUCAGCGAUCCUGACCCAAAAUGGGAAAUGGAGACUAUGCCAAUGGGUCGUGUCAUGAGUGACAUGUUAAUUCUUCCUAAUGAGGACGUCAUAAUAAUUAAUGGUGCUUCAUUAGGUACAGCUGGAUGGGAAUUGGGUCGGAAUCCAGUCCUGACCCCAGUGAUUUACCACCCGGAUAAUACCACAGAAACAAGAUUUGAGGUGCAAAGACCCGCCAAGAUCCCAAGAAUGUACCACUCGUGUUCCAUCGUACUACGAGAUGGGCGGGUUUUAGUGGCAGGGAGUAACCCACAUAGUGGUUACAACUUCACGGGUGUGUUGUACCCUACUGAACUUAGUGUGGAAGCCUUCUCACCCCCAUAUUUGGAUUCAAGCAAAACAAGGAUCCGACCCACUUUCAUUAAACCAUUGUCGGGUUAUAAGAUCAAAUAUGGGAUGUCUCUAAAAAUAAAGUUCUCAAUUAAGGGGGAGGUUGACCUAAAUACAAUAAAGGUUACCAUGUUAAGACCACCUUUUAAUACACAUUCCUUCUCAAUGAGCCAACGGUUAUUGGUGCUAACAAAUAUAAAGCCUGUGAAGACCAGUGUGGUCUCGGGUCAAUUUGAUGUCCAAGUGAGGAUACCAGGAUCCGCAAACAUUGCCCCACCCGGAUUUUAUAUCAUAUUUGUGGUACACCAAAGUGUUCCUAGUGAAGGCAUUUGGGUUCAACUACACAAUUGUUUUUAAUUUUGUCUAAUGCAUUUUGAGUCUUAAUAUCUCUUGCUACGUAUCAUAAAAAAUUUAGAAAAGUGUAUGAUAUAAAAUUAUGUAUUAAACUUUUCAACAAGAUCUCAUAUAAUUAUAUUUUAUCUUUA